GGAGCGUUAGAAGUAUUUCCACUGCUCUUAUAUGAUUGGGCGGGAUAAGACCAGAACAUGCUGGCGGCUCUUAAUGAUUGACAGAUCAGAGCCAUUAGAGAUUCACGAGGAUUGAAUUGUUAUACCAGGAUUUUCUGGUUUAAACCCAGACCAAACAAGAAAAACAGGACUGAAAUUAAAUAUAACAGGUCCUGUUUCCGAUUCUAUACUUCGAGUGAUUUCGAUUUUCUGGUUUUUCCCGUUUCGGUCCAAAAUUGGACCGAUGUGCACAUCUAGUUCAAUUAGUUCAACUGCUUGAGCCAUUAUUUUUUAUAAGCUAUCUUGGCAAAUGAUCCAAGCCUAUGAAGCACGAGUGCUUCAAAAUACUGGCGCACUAAGCACCGUGCGGGUGUUGGUGCUGGGGUGCGGCAAUGGUGCGCAGUGGGUGCGGCUCUCUUGUCUUUUAUUUGAGGGAGGGGCAAUUUUGAAUAGAUUGAAAGAAAUUGGGUUCAAAUUGAAAUAACUGAAACUUUAAAUAAAUUAAAUGAAUUGGGGUCGUAAAACCAGACCUAGUUAGCAGUCUUCGCACGAUCCAUCGCCGUCCCCUCCGGCGCGCUCGUCACCGGCGACCGGAGCCCGGCAUCCUUCUUCAGAAUGGAAAAUCAGGAAGAUGGAUCAAUGCAUGAGUGUGGUGAAACGAUGUUGCGCAUCUUCUCAAAAUUUAUGACAAGUAUUGUAAAGUUUGAGGAACUAUCAUCUGUAGGGAACAAAUUGCUAGUUGGCUUUCAGCAAGGACUUGAAUAUGUUCAAAGGCCUCGGAUUGAAAAGUAUCCUGAUUUGGUCGAGUCCAUUAUCAAAGCUAAUGAAACCAAGAGGCUGGUGUCCUACAUUGAGUCUGGAUGCAAGAACACCAAUGACAGUAUUCAGAAUAUAAACAAGUACUUGUUCUCCCUUCAUCCCUAAAUAAAUUUUACUUUUAUUAUUCACACCAUCUGACUAUAUCUUCUUUUUUUAUUAACAUUAAUCAUUUUUCUACAAUAACAUAUUCAUGUCAUC